AUGUUGCUAUUUACUACAAUUCGGUCAGAUUUAAUUAUUAAACCAAUUGAUUCCACAUUAACACGUGAUCAAUAUCGAUCAUUCAUUGCAUCAUGUACUGGUCAAUCAAAUACUAAAGUUAUCAAUUGGAGAACACCGCAACAUGUAGAUAUUCCAGAAAAUGAUACUGCAAGAGUCACAAUUGAACGACAAUCAUCUGGUUUAAGAUUGAGGAUACGAAAUUUAACUAUUGAUGAUCAAGGAGAAUGGGAAUGUGUUGGAACGGAUAUGGAUGGUAGACGAUAUACAAAACAAUUUCAAAUGAAUAUCAAAAUACCAAUAACAUUUCAUGGGGAUUCUAUUCAAUAUGCAGCAUUAGGCGAACAAGUGUUGAUUAAAUGUCGAGUACAAGCAAAUCCAUCAGCUGAAGUAUCGUGGUUUAAAGGAAGAGAUAAAACAAGAAUAGGAAUUCCAAAUUAUGAACGAACAAACGAUGGUUUAAAAAUAAAUAAAGUUGAUAUGGCUGAUAAUGAUACAUUUUGGUGUCAAGCAGAUGUUUUAGAAACAGGAGAAUCAAGAGAUUUUCCUAUCACUGUUAUUAUAUCAAAAUCUGUUACUCAACCAAGAAUUCAAUGUUCAUCACCAUGUGCAAUUGAAAAAAAAGCAGCCACAUUAAUUUGUGAAGCGGCUGGUUUACCACCUCCAAAAUAUCAAUGGUAUUAUGGGAAUGCCGAUAAAUUACGACCGGUUCAAUUUAUCACUAUUUUAAAAGAUCCUCUAGAACUAGAAAUAUAUGCAUGA